AUGGGGCGUUACUCAAGCGCCCACGGUCUUCACGAGAAGGCGACCGUUAAGGUCGACUCGUCCGAAAUCGUGGGGGCAACCCUGCACAUUGCUCUGCCAUGGUACUUGCAUCUUUACACCGUACCUUGCCUCGCGCUCUACCCGCUUCUUGCGUACACAUACUACAUCAAGUAUGAUGAUUGGCUGCAGAGUGAGGAAUGGACGUUCCUGGCCUGCAUCACGGUGGGCGUGACGCACGCACUUAGCUUCUUGUCGACAAAAUGGAGCACCGGUGCAAAAGCACGUAUCACGGCUCGCCAGGCUGCGUCGAUAGAGCAGGCAGAUUGCAUUCGCAUCCUCCCUGCCCCACACCGUGGACACGGCGAGAUCGUACCGCUUGUCAAGAAGGUGCCUGGUGAUCCGUCGACGUAUUCGUUCAACUAUCAACGUGACACCUACGUCCUCACGUCCUCGUCUCCCAUUGUUUUCGCCCGCCUGCCAUACCCGUCGUCUUCACGUCCUGCGUUGUCGACAUUCAAGUCGCGCAAGGGCUUGCCCUCUGCAGUUGUUCCUGGCACCAUAUCCCUCUACGGCAAAAACGAGUUCGACAUUCCCAUCCCAACGUUCACGGAGCUUUUCUCGGAGCAUGCGACGGCGCCAUUCUUCGUCUUCCAGAUCUUCUGUGUUGCGCUAUGGUGCUUGGACGAAUACUGGUACUACAGUCUCUUCACACUUUUCAUGCUUGUAGUCUUCGAGUGUACGGUUGUGUGGCAGCGUCUGCGGACGUUGACUGAGUUCCGAACGAUGUCGGUCGCGCCAUACCCUAUCCAAUGCAAGCGAGACGGAAAAUGGGCAACAAUCCAGUCGGACGAAUUGCUGCCCGGUGACGUCGUCUCAGUUGUCAGGCACCAGGCAGAAACCAACAUCCCAGCGGACAUACUUCUGCUUAAGGGCGCGUGCAUCGUGAAUGAGGCCAUGUUGUCCGGUGAAUCUACACCGCUGCUCAAGGAAUCCAUCGCGCUGUUUGAGGAGCAGGAGCGUUUGGACGUCGAUGGGACCCAUAAGAACCAGGUGUUAUUCAGUGGAACAAAACUCCUACAGGCGGAUGGAGGCGACACACCCGACGGUGGUUGUCUGGGCAUCGUGCUCCGCACGGGAUUCGGAACCGCCCAGGGGCAACUCGUGCGCACCAUGAUCUUCUCGACUGAACGGGUGUCUGCGAACAACUUCGAGUCGUUCCUCUUCAUUGGGUUCCUCCUGAUUUUCGCCAUUGCUGCGAGUUGGUAUGUUUGGGUCAAAGGCAUCGAACGCGAGCUGAAGAAGUCGAAGUUGCUGUUGGACUGUGUGCUCAUCAUCACGAGUGUCGUCCCGCCCGAGCUGCCUAUGGAGCUCUCCCUCGCGGUCAAUGCGUCGCUCGUUGCCCUUUCGAAACACGCCAUCUUCUGUACGGAACCGUUCCGCAUCCCAUUUGCAGGGCGCGUCGAUGUUUGCUGCUUCGAUAAGACAGGCACAAUCACCGCAGAGAACCUCGAGGUCAAGGGUGUUGCGGGUAUUGACCCCGCAGAUCGCCUUCGUUUGGUCGACGUGACGCAGACAAGCAGAGAGACGACUUACACGCUCGCGGCAGCGCAUGCGCUUGUGCGCCUCGAAGAUGGCCUCAUUGUCGGCGACCCAAUGGAGAAGACCGCCGUCGACGCGCUUAACUGGCAACUGAGCAAGGGCGAUAGUGUAUCAAGUGCAGACCCGAACGCGCCACACCGGGGCACCCUCAGCAUUCGCAGACGCUUCCAGUUCUCGUCCGCGUUGAAACGCAUGUCUACUGUUUCGACCCUAUCAGGAGGGAAAACGAUUAUGGCCGUCAAGGGUGCGCCGGAGACGAUCAAAUCCAUGCUCGCGACUGUACCGGAUUUCUAUGAUGAUACGUAUAAGUGGUACACCUGCCGUGGCAGCCGCGUACUUGCGCUAGGCUACAAGGAGACAGAAAGCAUGUCGCAGGACAAGAUCAAUAAGCUCACAAGAGAUGCGGUUGAGAGCUCGCUGACGUUCGCUGGAUUCUUGGUCUUCCAUUGCCCGCUGAAGCCGGAUGCGAUUGAAACGCUGAAGAUGUUGAUUGACUCGUCUCACCGCUGCGUCAUGAUUACUGGUGACAACCCGCUCACCGCUGUGCAUGUUGCUCGUGAUGUCGAGAUCGUCGAUCGCGAAGUACUCAUUUUGGACCUGAAAGAGGAUGCAAAACAUGAUGCAGACCUUGUCUGGCGCACUGUUGAUGAAAGCAAGAUCAUACCGGUAGAUCCUUCGCAGCCCCUCGACAAGGAACUCCUUGAUGCGUACGACAUCUGUGUGACAGGCGUUGCCCUUAAGCACUUUGAGAAUAGGCCCAGCUUGAAUGAUCUGGUUCAACACACAUGGGUGUAUGCGCGUGUGUCACCAUUACAGAAGGAGUUGAUCCUCACCACUCUCAAGUCCCUCGGUUACACUACGCUUAUGGCUGGCGACGGGACCAACGAUGUUGGCGCGCUGAAGCAAGCCCACGUCGGCGUCGCCUUGCUGGACGGUACCCCCGAGGAUCUGCUGAAGAUCGCUGAACAUCAGAAAAACGAGCGUAUCAAGAAGGUGUACGAGAGCCAGCUCAAGAUUUCGGCGCGCUUCGGGCAACCUCCGCCGCCUGUUCCUCCCGCUAUUGCUCAUCUUUACCCGGAUGUCGUCGAGGCUCAAAAGAAGGUCAAGACUGAGUUCCAGGAAGCCCGCAAGAAGAACCCGAUGGAGAAGUUCGACAUGGCCUCUAUCACCGAUAAAUUGGCCUCAAUGGAGGAUGAAGAUGACGUGCCCAAGAUUAAGCUAGGUGAUGCAUCAUGUGCUGCGCCAUUUACAUCGAAGCUGUCCAACGUACAAGCCAUCACGCAAAUCAUCCGACAGGGUCGCUGCACCUUGGUCGCUACUAUCCAGAUGUACAAAAUCCUUGCGUUGAAUUGCUUGAUCACGGCGUACAGUCUCAGUGUUCAGUACUUGGACGGCAUCAAAUUUGGAGACUAUCAAGUUACGAUUACUGGUAUGUUGAUGUCAGUAUGCUUCUACUGCAUAUCCCGCGGCAAGCCUGUCGAAAAGCUCUCUCGUGAACGACCUUUGGGCAAUAUAUUCAACCUAUACGUCUUGCUCUCGGUCCUGCUGCAAUUCGCUCUUCAUAUCGUGUCCUUGAUAUAUAUUACCCAACUAUCGCGCGUAUACGAGGAGCCUGGUCCGGUCGAUCUGGAGGCCAAGUUUGAGCCUAACCUCCUGAACACUGCCAUAUAUUUGCUCAGUCUAUCGCAGCAAGUGUCUACCUUCGUCAUUAAUUAUCAGGGCCGGCCAUUCAGAGAGGGUAUCCGAGAAAACCCGGCCUUAUACUGGGGCUUGGUUGGUGCCAGCGCUGUUGCUUUUUGUGGUGCAACCGACUUCGUCCCGGAGCUCAAUCGCUGGCUGCAAAUCGUCGAAAUGGACAGAACGUUUGCAUAUACAUUAACCGCCGCCAUGAUCAUCGACUUCGCCGGCUGCUGGGUUAUCGAGAUUGUAUGCAAAUGGCUAUUCGCAGAUCUCGAGCCCAAGGCUAUGAUCACUCGUGGCAGGGAGCGUCGCGAUGCCCGAAGACAAGAGGAAGCUGGCGCUGCGCCCAUGAAUGGGGAGGUCAAGAAAAACCAAUGA